AUGCCUCGGAGCCACACGGGGGAAGACAACAGCAGCAGUAGCGGGCUCUGGCGUCGAGACUUCCCGCUCAGAGAUGUGGAGAGCGGCAGGAGCAGCAUGAACAACACAGCGCGGCUCGGGGACGGGGUGCCCCCCGUGAGUGCAGCAGGUGUGACGGGGGAUAGGAAGCAGGGCGCCCGGCUCAGUCUGCUGGGGAAACCUCUCAUCUACAGCGCACAGAGCGGCCGCAGGAAUGCCCGCUACCGGCGUCUGCAGAACUACCUGUACAACGUGCUGGAGAGACCGCGGGAAUGGGCGUUCAUCUACCACGCGUUUGUGUAA